ACGUUCAUAGCGUCCGUACCCGGCGGCUGACCCGUCGUGUUCGCGCUUUAUUACAAACUACAUAACACGUCGCGAUUUUGUUAAGAAAAGUGCCAAGAUAUCCAAUUAACAUUUACUGUGAUUAUUAUUUAACGAUAAAAGUUUACAAUUUAGUUUUAGUAAAUAACUACGAUGAACAUUGAGUUUGGAACUUUAAAAACUAUAUUUUUUGUGUAAAGCAUCGAUUUAAAAUUUGUGCAUUCGGACAGUUGAGCGGAGUUUUGUGUUGUUUACGAAUACAGCGGCAGUGUUUACAGCGCGCACGUGGCCCGACGCCCGCCCGCGCGCGAUGCCGCGAAAAACUUUCUUUGAAAACAUUACUGUGGCAUAAGCUGGACCGCGAGGGAGACGCCGCGAUUACGACCAUGACUUUAACCUGUAGCGCUUGAUUUGUGUAGCAACGGCUACAUGUGCGUGGAAGAACAGAGUGCCGUUUUUUAUUUUAAUUUUUUCUUUGGAGGAGGCGGUGCUCUCCUUUGGAUUAAUGAUUUAAAUGGCUAACAGCAACACCGUGUCGUCGACUUUACCGUCGAGGGAUUAUCAUUGUAAGGUGUGCGAUCUUUAUUUGGACACUGUUGAUUCUUUAGAAGUGCAUUUACAAUAUCACAAAGAAAAUUUAUAUGUGAAGUGGGGUACGCAAAAUUCACAAAAUGAUACUGAAAAUAACAACGGCACAAAAAUAAAAAACGAAACUACUGUGUCAGCCCCUGCAGACUCCAGUGACAACAUGAUUACAAAACCUAGUCCGGAAUUUCAACAACGUGCUACACCGGAGACUUCUACGCAGUUUCCUCAUCCAGCAACACCACAAAGCUACCACAGUGCGCCAUCGCCAUAUCAGAAUCCAGACCAAACCACCUUCUCUCCCGGAGCACAAUAUGGUAAUAAUUAUUCACAUUCAAACUUCUCUCAGAAUCAGCAUUCAGAACAAAUUAACUGGGAUCAAUCUCAAUAUAAUCAAGACUACCACAAGUCAAAUCGUUUCCACCCUUAUAAUUUACAAGAUCGAGUAUCACAAGUAUCUUCCUCGAGCCCUUUAUAUGGACAGCCAUUAAAUCAGCCUACACCCUCACCAUCUCCAAACCAGUGUGACAAAUGUGGCUUUGUAUGCGACUCUGCUGUACAAUUGAAUGAGCAUUGUAACUCGGCUCAUGCAGGAUCAAGCUCGACACCUACGGCAGCAGCAAUGCCGUUCCAACAAUUUGCUGGUAAACAAUUUAACAGUUCUGGUUACCAAAAUGAAAAUAUUAAAGUAAAGGAGGAACAUGAAGAGUCCUCAGACAUAUUAGAUUUGGACUCACAAAAGGUGGUAUACCAAGGUAACGAGGGCGAGACACAAAACAAUCAAUAUGAAGAAACACAACCACAAGGAAGAGAAGUAAACACACGAACAGUCCCGAUGAUGCCAUGGGAGACUCAAAAAUUAUACAAUAAUCCACAAAUAAAUGGAGAUGUAUCUCUAUUUAAAGAACAGAAAAUGUUCCAAGAACAAAAACCGUACCCUUCAGACGUAAAAAUGUUUCAUCCUGAACAAAAAUUUGCAUACGCACAAGAUAAGUUCCUUCCAGUACAUCACGAUCAAAAACAAUUUAUGCAUGUCGAUCAAAAAAUAUAUUCCGGAGUACAAAUGCCAUCGCUGUCAGAAUACGCAGGGCCCGUGGCUUCAUCCAAUUCUGAUAUGAAACCGCCAUACCGGCCAUAUGAUUCGCCCAACGCACCGCAAAUAACGAGUACGCAACCUGCUAAUCCUACAUCAUCUGCAUUACCGUCGAUUGGUGGGAAAGGAGCAAAUUGGAAAUCAAAUGAAGCGAGAAGACCAAAAACAUACAACUGUACAGCUUGUAAUAAAUGGUUUACGAGUUCGGGGCAUCUUAAAAGACAUUACAAUACCACUUUACACAAAAAUGCUGUACGAUCAUCAGGUCAGCCAGAUCCAGCAACAAUGCCAAUUUCAAGUCAUCAUCAUCCCACGCGGGAGUCUCUUCAGGCUCGUGCUCAACAGCAAAGCGCAGACUCAAACACGCAGAGUCCUGUGCCCUCAGACGACAGCCGGGGCGUUGAUGAUGGAGCACUACAAUCACCCUACGCGUCGCAAAGUUUUGAUCGCUCACAUCGGGUCGCCGCGAUGCAGUCCAAGCCGCCAUAUACGCAUCUUCAACAGGGUAACUUAGAUAAUAAUUUCAGUAAUAAUCCUUUAGUUAACCAUCCUCUACAACAUCAAGUAGGUUCUCAUCCUAUUAAUAUAGGUAGUCAACCUCCAGGGAUAGGUAAUCCGAAUGACAGCCAGGGGUCUAAAGGUGCAUCAAUAUCUUCUAGUGCGAAUCCCCCAAACGGGGAAGCAGGUCCCUCUGUUUCACAAAAUCACCAUAUGAGGGGCCUGCUAUCAGUGUCAACCAGCAAUAUUUCAACUCCAGCUCUAACCCAGAGUACUCCAGCGCUUACGGCGCACACACUGCCGCCGUUCAGUCAUUUGGGUGUCAACCCAUACAGUCCGAGGUCUACGGAUCCUUUGGGGCCUUCGGUACCGGACCCCACGCACACCCCAUUAUAUUUGGGUCAGAAUUUUCAGCAGACUAUAGCACCGAGUUACCCAAACGGGAUGGCCCCCCACGUUAUGGAUAUGGCUAUCAACAAUCUGCCUAUAGCCAAUCCGGCUACUUUUGGUGAAUCAACACCCGAAGAAGUCGAAGUUAUGGAACAAGAAACGUCUAUUCAGCCUGCCAGUGGACGCUUGCCUAGCUUUUCGCAGCUCCAAACGCAGAGCUUUAGCGUUUAUGUUUCUAACUAUGUCACAUCACCUAACGUGGGGGGUCAAGUUAUUACCGACGAGUCUACCGCCGGUUACAUAAUAGUUGAUCCAGUCCAUUCUUCUCCUCAAUACAACAGUAUUGAUAUAAAUGGACAAGAUAUUGAUUAUGAAUAUAGUUAUUUCCCCAAACCUAUGAAAGACAGCAUUACUAAUUAUAAUACGGAUAACAUAAAAGUUUAUCCGUAUGGUUACGCUGUAGGGGGUAAAACUAUUAAAAGGGAGGAUGACGUAUUACGAAGUGACUCUAGUGAGCUUCAAAUUCUAAAAAUUGAAGACAUUAUGGAUUAUGCAAACAAAGAAAAUUAUGGUGCACAAAUGAAGUCGCCUGCUAGUCCAGAGAGUGCUAAAGCUGAAAAUGAAAGCCACGGCUCUCCUUCUAUAUCAUCAACGGUGCCAAGUACGCCGUUGACUGAAAGAAAUCAACUGAAAAAGAGUGCACCUACCACCGUUCAUAAAUGUUUUGAAUGUGAUAAAUUGUUUAACAAAGCGUGCUAUCUCACGCAGCACAAUAAAACUUUUCACUCAGGAGCUAAGCCUUUUAAGUGUGAUCGAUGCGGCAAGCGCUUCUCUGACGACGUUUCAUACGAGGGCCACUAUUUAAAGCAUGCUCACAAUAAGCCAUUCAAAUGCCACGAAUGCCCGAAAUCGUUUAAUCACAAAACUGAUUUGCGUCGUCACAUGUGCUUGCACUCAGGCUGCAAGCCAUUUGCAUGCGACCACUGCGGCAAAGGCUUUAUACGAAAAGAUCACAUGAUAAAACAUUUCGAUACACAUAUUAAAAAGAAUUUGCGUUCAUCAUCCUCCUCAUCCUCAGUUUCCUCGACGUCAUCUCCGUCUUCGUGAACAAGCUUUUGAAACCGACGAUAUAAAUAUAAGUUAUGCGUAUCGUAUACACAUAUCAUAACUAGAUGGCAAUACUAAAUAAAACAUUAUUUGAUUAUAUUCAUAUAUGUAUGUAGUUUAAGACGUUGAAGCUCGAUGUUUUGUUAUAUAUAUCUGUUAUGUCCUUAUAGAGAAGCCAGGAGCCGAUUUCGACGCACGCGUUCAUUCCGUCAGUUUUAUUUUUUGUUGUUCAUUCAAUCUAACCUUGUCUUCGGUGCAAGGUGACUUUACAUGUCUGGUUGUCUGGGCGCUAAACAAAACAUAUAAUUACAUGACGUUGGAGUAAUAUUCCGCAAUAUUUUAGACCGAUCCAUAUCACUUUACAUAUGAUAAUUUAUAUAGUAAUAAAAUAAUAAUUAGUUAUAUAUGAACCACUUUUAUCAAUAUGUUAGGUCAUUCCAGUGACUAUCGUUUUAAUGUUAAUUACAUAUCCUUUUACUCUAAAUGUUUUAUUUUAGUUACAAUUAUAUGUUUGCCUUUGAUUGUUGAUGUUGAUAGAAUUAUGCGUGGAAUGUAAGAGUUCAUAGAGUAUUUUUUUCAGUGUAAAUACAAAUAUUAUUAAAGAAACAUUAAUAAUAUCAUAAUUGUACCAUUAUCAUCCUAGUUGCGGGGCUGGAUAAAUGGACGUUUGACAAGAUAAAAUAUUUGGAUAGUUUUGAAAGAUUAUUUGCAAAUAAAAAUUAUUAUAUACCUAUUCUUUAAAAGUAAUUCGACAAUGAAUUGAUUAAUAUUGUGUAUUGACAUCAUAUCACCUAAUAUUAUGUAGGUUUAUUAGGUGGGCGAAACGCACGUCUUUAGUGAAUUUAUUGAGAGUGAGUAGUUAUUGCUACUAAUGAGUGGAUUUCUAUUACGAAUGUACCUAUUAAUUCAAUAUGAUGUACAGUGGCCAAAUAUGUGCAUAACAUCACUCCUUAGCCAACUUCUACUAAUAUUAAUUUUUAUUUGUGGUAAUAAUUAUUGUUUGUUGUAUUUUCCGGUGCUUCCUAUUAUUUUAUCUGUUGAAAUUUGUUUUAAUGUUAGGCUAGAUAGCUACUUUGAAAAUUCUGAUUCGUUUGGGAAUUGAAAAGUAAUUAUGCCACUAUUUAGUUACCAAUAUGUUAUGUGAACGAAUUUAGUUUAUACAUUCCUGUGUCGUUAGUGUAGGAAAGUAGUCUUCCUGAACGUUGCCAAAUUAAUUCCGCCAACUGUCUGUUGCGAAGCGAUUUAACUUUUAAUGAUUUUAGCCUAAUGAUAAUGAAAUUCUCUAGCAAUAAUUUAAUAUAAUAAUGUAAAUGUUUUCUUUUUGUAUAAUAAUAAAUAAAAUAUUUCGAUUAUUGAGUACGUGUUUAGAGCGGUAUGGGAGACAUAAACAUUUUGUAUAUAAUAUACGAAAGGAUAAUACAAUAAUAGACAGUAUGUAUUAAGCAUUCCAAGGCCCCUUGGCACAGGCGUUACAAAAUAUUCAUCUUGUUAUUUAUUCACAUUUAAUUCAAAUGGUUGUGAUCUGGAGUGUUCCCGGGUUUUUGGCAGUACAAUGUAAACAUAAACAAAUAAAAUAACAAAUACUAUAUUUAUUACAAAUAAAUAUUUCACAGGGCUGCUUCUUCAAACUAUUAUAUUAUCUAUAGAUACAUAAUUAACCGGUAGAAUAUUUUGUCACGCUUUCUCGUAGAUGGAAACCCUAUGAUUGUCUAUUCAACAUACUGAUUAUUCGUUAACUAUGGAGUCAUUGUGCAAUAUGAACAUUGUAUUGACUUAAUUUUGAUAAUGUUUGUAUUUGAAUGUUGAUUAUAUUUCAGAAAUAUUUUUAUACAAAUAGAAUUACACAUGUCUACCUCAUCAGCGACUAUAUUUAAUCAUAUCAAAAAGAUAAAAAAGUAUAUACACGUCUAUUUCAAUGAAGUUUAUAAUAAUAUUAAAUAUUUUUAAUAUAAAAAUACUGCCAGUUUGACUUGAUCGUUGAUGAUUCUAUCUGUAAUUAGUUUAGUUCGUCAGUCAAUUUUAAUGGAAAAUGUAUACACAAUAUCACACUUUUUAUAUCGGUUGAAUGUUAUGAAAUAAUUAUAAAAUGGACUGUUGAACUAUGAGUACAAAAUAAAUCUAACAAACGAGUUGGCUGACGGACCAUUUGGUUAAAUUAAUGACAUAAUUAUACAGUGUUUACAAUUAAAUAAACAUGGAUGCAAAAAUAAACUUAAGAUCUAUACUAUUAGGAACUAUUUGUGUAUCAUAUUUUCAUUAUAGCAAUAACGUAAUAAUAAAACAUUAAUGAGUAUGAAACUUAACUACCUCAAGUAACGAGUAAUAGGGUUAGAAUGUGUUGUGAGGGCGCGAACCUCGGGCUCGAGGCUGUCGGCUAACUAACCGAAUACCUCGUCUUGCCUUCCACAUUUUAUUUAAAGAUAAUUAUAUAUCAUUUAUUUACACAGACAGGCCUGGAGUUGCGCGGUCCGACGCCCGUCUUCUAAUAUAUUUUAGCGGACAUUUGUCUCCUCACACUGUUUAAAGCACACACUAGUAGUAUUUAGAUAUUAACUAAUGUAAAUACAAAAUCUACGAUAAAUUUUGUUAUUUAUCAUAUUCAAUUAUAUUCAUCGAUAGACUUAUUUUUAAUAAGUUUUACGUAAUACAAGUUAAUAUUAAUUAUAAGAUUUGAAACACUGUAAGCAGUGGCUUUGUUUGUGUUUGAUAUUAUGUUAAUUUAAUUAUUGUCAGUUACCAUACGAUUUCUGUUACAUUCAGUUGAGUAAAAUCGGAACAGUUCAAAUAUGAUAA